AUGAGCUCACUCAACCAGAUCCGACAACGAUUGCUGAAGAUCCAUCGGGCCAACACUCCCUCCUCUUGCAGAAAUGCCUCGACCAACAAUAGCACAUCGCCCAAACUCAACGAGCUCACUCAAAAGGCUUCCAAUCUUGCCAACCAGUAUGGAUCCAAGCUACCCGAGCUGUCUGAGAAGCUCGGCAAACGGUUCAACGGCCUACUAGGCUCAUACAGCGAACCAGUCUCGCACAACUAUCAGCUCACCAAAGAAGUCUUAAAACAAGUCUACAUCAAGGAAAACUUGGCUCCACCGAAAAUUGAUCAGAUCAAGUCUUCCUACCAGGAAAUCUUGAAGAACGUCGGCUCGCUGAACUUCUGGAAACAAUCCUUGGAGUCUGGGGACUGGAAAAGGCUGGCUGUUUAUGGUGUCGAAGCUGUUGGCUUGUUCAGUAUCGGAGAGAUGAUCGGUCGACGUCAUAUAGUCGGUUACAAGCUCGAUUAA